AUGGCUCUCUUGUCCCAGGGGAGCCCAGGCAGCCUGCAGACCCAGGCGAUGGAGGAAGAAUUCCAGUUCCUGCUCUGCCAGGGAUGCUGGAAAGAACCCAGAAAUCCUAAGCUCCUGUCCUGCCUUCACACCUUGUGCGCCAACUGCCUGGAAGAGAACAAGCCUGUUGGCCAGUGCCCCAUCUGCCGCGCUCCCAUCCCACAAGCCAGUGGGAUCCCAGACCAGGACAACCUGCUCUUCGCCAAUCUGCAGGCCAAGCUGAGCACCUACCAGAAGAUCGUCAAAGGCAAUGACCUGGUCUGUGACAACUGUGGGCAAGAGGGAGAGUUCUGGUGCUCUGACUGCGAGGAGUUCCUUUGUGUCAAGUGCUUUGAGACCCACCAGAGGUAUCUAAAGCGAGAGAGCCAUGAGGCCAAGGCGGUGAGGGAUCUCAAGGUGGGAUCUGCCAGGGAGUUUCUUGUUGGUUCCAGGAAGUUCAGUAACGUGUCCUGUCCCAAUCCAACCCAUGCAAACCAGAUGCUGAGCAUCUACUGCAGAGACUGCCAAAAACCGAUCUGCUGCAUCUGUGCCCUGCUGGACAGCCGGCACACAGGCAAGCACUGUGAUAUCAAGGUGGAAAUCCAGCAGAGGCAGCAGGAGCUGGGGAGCGUGAGCGAAGAGCUGAAGAAGAAGGAGGAACUCUUCCAAGAUGCCUAUUGUAAUCUGAAGAGCAAAGCUGACCACCUGGACCAGGUGAGGAAUGAAACCCAGGAGCUGAUCCGAAAGAGAGUUGAGCAGAUGGUGCAGCUGAUCCGAGAGAAGGAGCAGGAGCUGCUGGAGAUGGUGGAGGGGCAGCACCACCUGGGGAACGAGGAGCUGGAGGGGAAGCUGCAGCAGACAGAAGCCGUGCUCAAGAGGAUGGGGGCCAGCAAGCAGCUGGUGGAGAAGAUGCAUCUCUAUGCGUCGGACCAGGAGGUGAUGGACCUGCACUCCUUCAUCAAGGGGUCACUGGAGGAGCUCAGGAAGCUGCAGCCCCUGGCCGUGGGAGCCAGUGUCCAGGCUGGAGGCUUCGCCAAGUGUAAAGCCAGACUCCAGGCUCUGUUUGAAAGAGUGACUGGGGAGAGAGAAGCUGCCCCAGAUAAUUCCAGCAAGGCCCCGUCGUUGUCUUUACCAGCGAAGAGGAAAGGAGUCCAAACUGAGGUCCCUGCGAAGGUGAUCAAGACUGAAGCUGAUGCAGGCAAAUGGGAGCAAUCAGCAAGGAAGCACCAGCAGAAUUUGCUGGAACAACCGGGGACCAGCUCCUCAACAGCAAGCAGCUCUUCAUGUGUGACUGACAGCUUCAGUGCAGCCAAAGUAGCUGACUUGCUGGAAAAUAACAUCUACGAACCAUGUGAGCCAGAUGAUCCCUGUUUGGACAGCUCUGAAGGGGAUGACAGUGAUGAAGAGUCAACAGACUCUAGUCGGCCAGACGACAUCAACAGCGUCAAUUGUGAGAGCAGCGAGGGAGACCUCCUGGCCUUUCCUGCCGGCAGCCCGAAGGAACUCGACACGAGACAAGCAUCACUGCUCUUCUUCGACCUCAAGUUCUUGACAGCGAAUAAGGUCCUUCAGCUGGCUGUGGUGGACGAAGAAAAGAGCUUUACCAUCUUGAUUCAGCCACUGAAAUCUUUGCCUGGCUUGAUCUCAAAAGGUGGCGUCUGUGAGAUUGGUGUGAAGACCUUAUUCCGCUACCUCUGCUCUGUCCACAAACCCAUCUUAGCAGGGUAUGACCUCUGGUCACCAGCCCUUCCUGUCCUGUUUCAAUCCCUGGAUCUCCUUAGCAAGAAAGAGGAGUUUAGUGCAGCUGUCUUUGGUUUCCUAGACAUCUUGCCCCUGAUUAAAGAGAAGAUCCCCAAGGCUGGGAGUUACAAACUGAAGAACCUGGCCAACACUUACAUUUGGCGGCAGCUCAGUGAUGAUAGCCCCCUGGAUAAUGCAAAGGCCCUAAGGGAUCUGUGUACAGUUCUGGAGGUUGAUCCAGUGGAGGACCCGAGGCCUGUGCUCACCUGCUCUAAUCUGGAAUGUUAUGCUUCCCUUCAGCCAUUGCUGAAUGAGAAACUUCUCACUAAGCCUUCGGUGCAGAUGCUGUCCAUGCACAACAUGACCCUUUCCAAGCUCCACACCUUAUACGUGAGGGACCCUGAGAAAGGGCUGCAGAAGUUCUGCAGAUUCUUCAAUUCUCGGCUGCAGAGCUCUGAGAAGAAAAUCCGAAAGCUAAGUAAGAUCAAAGCCCAUUUCCAAAGCCCACAGCCAUCAGCUGGGCACCAAGCAGCAGCAGCAAAUGAACUGCCACAAGCAAUAAAGACUGAGCCAGACUACUGA